AUGCCACGCUACGGGACAAUCGUUGUCAUUAAAAGGAAUGGGACUGAUGGAAUUGUUUUUCCACUCACUUCAACUUCUUGUUUAUUUGGAAGGAAAACAGAAUGUGACAUCCGCAUGCGGCUGCCCUGGGUGUCCAACGAGCACUGCAAAAUCGAGAUCAACGAGAACAAGGAGGCAGUCCUGAUUAAUCUGAGCACAGUGAACCCCACGCAGCUGAACGGGGCCUGCUUUGAGCAGCCUGUGCCCCUGAAGCACGGAGAUGUUUUAACCAUUAUUGAUCGUUCUUUCAGGUUUGAAUAUCCUGUGCAGUCAACUCCAAAAAAGAGGCAUUCCAGGUCUCCAAAAGAUGAAACUCUGCAGGUUCUUCAUGUUCAGCAGGUGGCAGAAGUGGAAUUACUGCACAAACAAUCUGCAGGAGCUAAAAGUGUGGAUGCUUCAGGUUGGUACCUGCUUUAUGAGGGCUCUGUUUGCUUUUGUCCCCUGAACUGCAUUUAUUGUUAG